GUCAGGGCGGGAGGAGCUGUGAGCCUGGGCUACACGCAGCGGCCCGCGCGGCAAAGCAGAGAGCGAGCAGAGCAGAGUGCUCAGAUUGGCAGAGGCAGCGGCGACACGAGCAGCCGAAGCCACCCAGGCGUUCCGAACAGCCUCAAAGGCAGCCUCUGCUACUCCAGCUGCUCCGCGGACUGCGAGCUGUGGCGGUAGAGCCCGCUACGGCAAUCGCAGUCUCCGUGGUGCGGGCGAAAGCCUUUUCUCUUUUUUUCGCUUACCACUUCAUUCUUCUAUAGAGGCUUCGAACAGUGAUUUUCUGUGAGUUGAUACAAAGAACUAUCACAAUUGUGCCUGGUAUGGACUUGUUGUCCGGGACGUACAUAUUUGCGGUCCUGUUAGCAUGCGUCGUGUUUCAGUCUGGCGCCCAGGAGAAAAACUAUACCAUCCGGGAAGAAAUGCCAGAAAACGUCCUGAUAGGCGACUUGCUGAAAGACCUCAACUUGUCGCUAAUUCCAGACAAGUCCUUAACAACUCCUAUGCAGUUCAAGCUAGUGUACAAGACCGGAGAUGUGCCACUGAUUCGAAUUGAAGAGGGUACUGGUGAGAUCUUUACUACUGGAGCUCGUAUUGAUCGUGAAAAAUUAUGUGCCGGUAUCUUGAUGGAUGCCCGUUGCUUUUAUGAAGUGGAGGUUGCCGUUUUGCCAGAUGAAAUAUUUAGACUGGUUAAGAUACGUUUCAUGAUAGAAGACAUAAAUGAUAAUUCACCAUUAUUCCCAGCAACAGUUAUCAACAUAUCAAUUCCAGAGAAUUCGGCUAUAAACUCUCGAUAUGCCCUCCCAGCAGCCAUUGAUCCUGACAUAGGACUAAAUGGAGUUCAAAACUACCAACUAAUUAAGGGUCAAAGUAUGUUUGGGCUUGAUGUCAUCGAAACACCAGAAGGAGAUAAGAUGCCACAGCUGAUUGUUCAAAAGGAGUUAGACAGGGAAGAGAAGGAUACAUAUGUAAUGAAAGUAAAGGUUGAAGACGGUGGCUUUCCUCAAAGAUCCAGUACUGCUAUUUUGCAAAUAAGUGUUUCUGAUACAAAUGACAACCACCCAGUCUUCAAGGAGAGUGAGAUUGAAGUCAGUGUACCAGAAAAUGCUCCUGUAGGUACAUCAGUGACACAGCUCCAUGCUACAGAUGCUGACAUAGGUGAAAAUGCCAAGAUUAACUUCUUUUUCAGCAAUCUAGUCUCCAACAUCGUCAAGAGGCUAUUUCAUCUCAACACUACCACUGGACUUAUUACAAUCAAAGAACCACUGGAUAGGGAGGAAUCACCAAACCACAAGUUAUUGGUUUUGGCCAGUGAUGGUGGAUUGAUGCCAGCCAGAGCAAUGGUGCUAGUAAAUGUUACAGAUAUCAAUGAUAAUGUUCCAUCAAUUGACAUAAGAUACAUCAUCAAUCCAAUCAAUGGCACUGUGGUUCUUUCAGAAAAUGCUCCACUCAACACCAAAAUUGCUCUCAUAACUGUGACAGAUAAAGAUGCUGACCAUAAUGGUAGAGUGACAUGCUUCACAGAUCAUGAAGUUCCUUUCAGAUUAAGGCCAGUGUUCAGUAAUCAGUUCCUCCUGGAGACUGCUGCAUAUCUUGAUUAUGAGUCCACAAGAGAAUAUGCCAUUAAAUUACUAGCUGCAGAUGCUGGCAAACCCCCUUUGAAUCAAUCAUCCAUGCUCCUCAUCAAAGUGAAAGAUGAAAAUGACAAUGCUCCAGUUUUCACCCAGCCUUUCAUAAGUAUUUCCGUUCCUGAGAACAACUUUCCUGGUGCCCAGUUGACAAAAAUAAGUGCAACUGAUGCAGAUAGUGGGCGUAAUGCUGAGAUCAGUUACCUGCUAGGUGUUGAUGCACCAUCUGAAUUCAACCUGGAUUACCGUACAGGCAUUCUGACAGCAGUAAAGAAACUGGACAGAGAAAAACAAGAAAAAUAUUCCUUCACAGUUCUGGCAAAAGAUAAUGGGAUACCACAUUUAACAACCAAUGCCACUGUCUUAGUGACGGUUCUUGAUCAGAAUGACAACAGUCCAAUUUUCACUCACAAUGAGUACAACUUCUAUGUCCCAGAAAACCUUCCAAGACAUGGCACAGUAGGACUAAUCACUGUAACUGACCCUGAUUAUGGAGAAAAUUCUGCAGUCACUCUCUCCAUUUUAGAUGUGAAUGAUGACUUCACCAUUGAUCCACAGACUGGUGUGAUCCGACCAAAUAUUUCAUUUGAUAGAGAAAAACAAGAAUCUUAUACUUUCUAUGUUAAGGCUGAGGAUGGUGGUAGGGUAUCACGUUCUUCAACUGCCAAAGUGACCAUAAAUGUGGUUGAUGUCAAUGACAACAAACCAGUUUUUGUUGUCCCUUCUUCCAACUACUCCUAUGAAUUGGUUCUGCCAUCCACGAAUCCAGGCACAGUGGUCUUCACGGUAGUUGCUGUUGACAAUGAUACUGGCAUGAAUGCAGAGCUUCAUUACAGCAUUGUAGGAGGAAACACAAAAGGUCUAUUUAUAAUUGACCACACAACAGGCAACAUUACACUGAAGGAUAAAUGCAUUGCUGCAGACCUCGGUUUACACAGACUGGUCGUCAAAGCUAAGGACUUAGGACAACCUGACUCACUCUUCAAUGUUGUAAUUAUUAAUCUAUUCGUGAAUGAGUCAGUGACCAAUGCUACACUGAUUCAUGAAUUAGUGCGCAAAAACAUUGAAACACCAGUGACCCAAAAUAUUGAAACAGCAGAUGCAACCUCACCAACCAGUGACUACGUCAAGAUCAUGGUUGCCAUUGUUGCUGGUACUGUAACUGUCAUCCUUGUUAUUUUCAUUACUGCUGUAGUACGAUGCCGCCAGUCACCACACCUUAAGGCUGCUCAGAAAAACAAGCAGAAUUCUGAAUGGGUUACUCCAAACCCAGAAAGCAGGCAGAUGAUAAUGAUGAAGAAGAAGAAGAAGAAGAAGAAGAAGCAUGCCCCUAAGAACUUGCUGCUUAAUUUUGUACAUAUUGAAGAAACCAAGGUGGAUGAUGCUGACAAUGAUGGCAACAGCAUCACACUGGACCUGCCCAUUGAGCUGGAAGAGCAAACCAUGGGCAAGUACAACUGGGGAACUACACCUACGACUUUCAAGCCUGAUAGCCCUGAUUUGGCCCGGCACUACAAAUCUGCCUCUCCACAGCCUGCUUUCCAGAUCCAGCCUGAAACUCCCCUGAAUUUGAAGCACCACAUCAUCCAGGAACUGCCGCUUGAUAAUACUUUUGUGGCCUGCGAUUCCAUCUCCAAGUGUUCCUCCAGCAGUUCUGAUCCCUACAGUGUUUCUGAGUGCAGCUAUCCAGUGACAACUUUCAAGACCCCUGUGUCUGUGCACACCAGAAUGACUGAUUCCAAGACAUCAACUAUUGAAAUCUGCAGUGAGAUAUAACUUUCUAGGAACAACAUAAUUCCAUUCCCCUUCCAAAAAUUCCAAUGAUAUGUGACUUAAAAUUUUGGUUAAGAUAAUUAAUUUUGUAAUCUGGAUUUCCCAUUAUAAAGGCAAGCAAAACAAAAAUCACCUUAAAAACGGCAUGCCACUGAAUCUUAUGCUUACGUUAUCUCUGUGCAAAAUUUUAAAUUUGUGGAAGAAACAGUGCAGUGUAAUGAAAGUUUUUUCAUACUGUUUCUCCUUUUGCUUGCUCCAAAUGUCAACAAACUUGAUGCAAUAUAAUGGUGUCUUGGGUUAUGAACUGGUGGUUAAUGUAUUGAUUAUGAAGCAUGGAAUUACUUGCCCUAUCUGAUUGCUGAAGAGUUUAAACAUCAUCUCUGGGAGUUUGGAAGUGAAGCUGAACUAUCCAAGCUACCCUCUGAAAGGUAUCCAGGGCAAGAGAUUUUUUUAGAGACCAGAAAACAAAAACAAAAACAAAAAAACAAGAAAACACUAGCUCAUUUUCUAAAAAAAAAUUCACUAAUACGGUGUUGCUGAGAAAGUGAUUAAAACCACCCAUCACUCUGCUUAAAAUCUGGAUGAUAAAAAAUAAUCUUAUUGGAUUUCUAUGUUGAUUGUAAUCAUGUUGUUCCACCACUUUAAUCAUUAAACAAUUAUUUUUGUGGUAAUCAAAUUUUCUUUUUCUAUAAAUAUUGAAAAAAACAUUCUUUCUACUUUUAUCGGCCAAAAGAAGAAUGUAAAGUUCUUUAUACUCCCUGAUAUUUAAAAAAUAUUUAUUGAUAGCUCUUGCAUAAUGAAACAUAAAUCCAGUCUAUGUAAGUAGGAACAAGGAUUUAGAUAGGAUAUUUUAAAAUAUUUUAUCUUAAUUUUGAAACUACUUAGGUAAAUUAUAAGGUACUAGAGUCACAUCUAAAUAGUCACAUCUAUUUUAUUUCUCUGACAUUAAACUACAAGUAUAUUUCAUUACUUUGAGAAAUUUGAAUCAACUAAUCUUUCACAGUAUGUUGAUUAAGUCACUUCCUAUGCAAAUGACUAAAUGCCUCAAAUUGGGUAUAUUUUAUUGAGGAAAGAAUGACUAGUUCCAAUGUUACACUAUAUUCUUUAAGCUGCUUAUGACUUGAUAGCACUAACAGAAUUUUUUUUUAAAACUUGAUUUCUUGGGACAAGGGGAGUAUAAAGGACCCUUAUAAUCAUGACAUAGCACAUGUUUCCUGGAUUUUCAUUCAAAUGAUUUAUUGUGUAUAAUUUUACCUUGCAAAGUGGGAAUAGGAUUUGAUCUAUUAUGUAUGAACAUUAUAUUAGUAUAUAAUUUGGAGUUUUCUUUGAUGUAAAGGUAUUUAGAAAAGGUAUAUGCUCUAUUUAGCAUUUGUAUCAGUGUAAUUCUUGGAUAUUUGAUAUGUAGGUAAUAGUUUUAAAGAGAUUUCUGUUAAAAUUUAGUGUUUCCGUUUACUCAGUACAGAAUUUCUUGUACCUUCAAUGUCAAGUUCUUUGAACAUACUUCUUUUUAAACGUUAGUUAACUAUAAUGACUGUGAGUGUAACUGUUUUACUGGUAAUGUGAAAUAUCAUGUAAGUUAUAAUAUUGUAUCACAUAUUUAUAAACAUCUGUUGUAGGAAAAUACUUAAAGUUUACCUUUGUGAAAGUUUUUCAUGUAGAAUAACUUCAUAACUCCUCUCUCAUUUCUUCCUAAUAAAUUAAAUAUUUAAGUUUAAUUCACAUCAUUUCAAGGAAUGUCAAAAUUGAGCUAACUUACUAUACCCCCAGGAAUUAGUGCCCUGCAGAUACCAAGAUGUACUAAGAGUAGGAGUUUCCAAAAUCCAUAGUUUAAAUUUAACUGUGAAUAAAAUGAUGAUACCCAAGAAAAUGAAUCAGUAUUUCAAAUGUCCCAUAAUAAACCACUGUGGCUUCAUGACAAUUUGCAUAUAAAAUUAUUAUGUAAAUGCAUUUUAAAUGCUUGUGUCAUGACCACCCUGGUCUAGCCUUUCCUGCACACUCUGUGAGCUAAGGGAGAAUAUCUCCUUUUUCUUCCACUUCAGUGACCCUUUCCUUUAUGCUGUAAUAAGAAAAAGUCCUAAGUACUUCUUUGUAUAUGUAUAUGAAGACAAAAAUGUUUUGUAGUAGUUAUCUAGGGUCUAAAAAAAUCCUCAAUAAUUUUAUGGGUGUUGAAUUUACAGAAGAUGAAAAUAGAAACUUUAUUUUUAAAGCUGCAAGUGAAUCCAUCUCUCAGAAUACAACUGUGAAAAAGGAACUUCACAAUUAAUUUUUUUCCUGCUCUUUGAGGUUAAAAUAUUUACUUUAUGUACAAACCAAUGAUGAUUGAGAUUUAACUGUAUUUAAAACUGGGCCACAGUUGAAAAUGGAUUCUGCUUUUGAUUAUUAAUUAUGUUUAUCUCUCCUUUGCUUAUGUUUGAGGAAACAUCAUUUGAGAGCAAUGUGCAUAGCACUGAAACUAGUUUUCCAAAAAAGCCACAGAGAACAAAAUUAUGUAUGUUCCUACUUGGUUCCCUCUUAUCAGUUGACUUGGUGGCACUUUCAAUUUAAUUAUUGUUAUAUUUACAUGUUUGGCUUAGAAGUUCUCAGAUAUCUUCCCAUUUCUUGUGUUGGUUUAAUAGACUACUGGUGUUUUCCCAAUGAAGAGACCUAAUGGUCUCUCUGGUUCUUAUUCUACUCAGCAAAUAGAGAAAGACAGAAGAAAUGCAAAUCUUAAAACUAGUUGUCAUAGAUAAAGAAAAGGAACUUUUGGUUAACUUAAUCUAUUGAAUAUUAAGUAGACUGUAUAAUUGAUGAACUACAAUGUGCUCUAUACUUUCACCCCUGCAAACACUCAGAGAAGUCUUAUUUUCCUUUUAAAAAAUCUACAGUGCAUAAAUUGAAAAAAGGAAAAUCUAAAAUGCAUUUCCUCACUUUACUUUAAAUAUAAAAGUUUAUUUUCAGAAGUAGGAUAUUCGAGCCAUUACAUUUCUUAAGUUAUUUUUAUUUUCAAAUAUUUAAAUUUUAAAAUUUAUAAAAUAGUUUGAAUUAUAUCUGUUAACUAAUCUUGUAUGUAUACAUCUUGUUUUCUGUGUUGUCCACCCUGUCCACAUUAUCAAUGAGAAUACAUAUAUUUUAGAAUUUUUAAAAGUUGAAUUUAGAUUCAGUCAAUAAACCACUAUUUUGUACAAUAUUUACUAAUCUUUUCAUCCACAUAAAGUAAUACUGCUUCCGUUUACUAUUUUGCUGCCUGUACUCGUUACUGUUUAAUUAGAUUUUGUAAUUGUGUGUCUAGCUAGGUGUGAUAUGAAGCCCGAUCUUAACAGAAAUGCUACAGGACAAGCAGAUCUUAAGAAAUCUUAUAUGAAUUUAAGCCACACUCUGUAAAUACUUUCUAUAAGUGCUCUUGUGUAAUAGAUGUAUUUUCUUAGAUUUUGUGAAGCUUAGCUUAUGUUUGUUUUAAAUAUUAUUUAUAUUUAAGUUUCUAGCAUAUUCAAAGGUGCUGUGAUAAUAUCAAGCGGUAUGGGUUGUAUAUAAUUACUAUUUUUUAAAAGAACUAUGUGCAAUUUGUUUUUUUGUGCAUUAUGGAUGUUCAUAUGUGACAUCCAUGGUUUUAUGUGGUACUCAGAAUUAGGAAUAGACUUUAAAUUCUAGAGUAGUCAUUGGCCCUUAUUUCUAUUGUCAUGCAAUACUUUUCAGUGUAGAAAGAUUUAGGAAAGUGGAGAUAGAUUUUAGAUCAAGAAUUUUAAAUUUAUUUGUUUUUAUUUUAAACUAUAUUACUAAGAUUCUCUUUACAACUUAAUUAGUAAUUCUGUUUAAAGGCUGUAUAGCCAUUGGAAGUGGUGCACUUUAAAAUUACAGAAUUUUUCUGUUCUUUUUCUAUUAUAAGCUAUCCAUGCAGGAUUGUUUACACAUAGUAAUAAUUGAUUAUUAUACAUAUUGUUUAUUUUUAUAGAUGUAUGAUUGAACAAAUUCAUGCAAUAGUAUAGCUUGAUUAGUUGAUAGUGUAAUACGCAUACUAUAUAUCUCCACCAUGAAAUUAACCUCUCAGUGAAAAUAUCAAGUCUGAUGGAAAAGCUUUUUUAGUUAAAAAGAAUGUCAUCUAAAUUUCUGACAAAAAUUCCUCAGAAGAAACAACUAAGUUAUUUAAUUAUUUCCAAGAAGUCACACAACUAAGUCUUACCUUAUUCAUGUUCUAGAUAUUCUCAAUUAAAAUUGCCUUAACUGUUUCUUCUGAAGAAAUUAUAUUUAAUUAUUCAUAUAUACACAGUUACUAUCCAUUAGGAGUAAUUUUAUUUUUUGUCAAGAGAAGAAAAUCACAAUCCAAUAGGUUUCAGGUAGUCAAAUUGAUUUAUAAUGAAAAACUAUUUCAAUGGCUGUCUUAGAAAUAUCUGCGUGUCCCUUGUCCUGGAUCCUUGUAUUUGUUAUUCAUUUAUUUACUUCAUAAAAUGUUAUUAUCUUUGAAACACAGUUUAAAAAAGCAUUUCCAUUCUUUUUGUCUUAACACUUGGCAAAAGCAUCAGCUAACAAAAUUUUUUCAUUAGAUACUCAAUUAGAGAAAAAUUUAAAUACUACUACUUUUAGUCUAUUUGAUGGUAGAAAUUAACUCUGGUAGAAAAAAAUAUUUUCCACAAAAUAAACUUUAAAAUGUACUUAUUUGCUUUAUUACAUAUCAGUUCUACUUCAGUAUCAAAAUCAGUGCAAAUCACCAUUUCAGUAAUACAUUAUAACUGAAGUGAACUGUUCAUAAACACUUUUACCUCACAUAAAAAUAGUUCCAGUAAUUGAAAUAUGCAGCUUGAAUAGUUGCUCAGUGUCACAAUCGUGAAAUAACUCAGAUUAAAAAAAAAACUGACCAGCUCUUUUGGUAUGUGAACACAGACCUAAUCUCAUAUUCAAGGUGAGAAAAAGCUCACAAAAAUGGAAUUACCUGGAUUCUGGCAACUAAUCUAUGAGUUCUUAAGUGAAAGAUUAUAUUUCAUUAUUAAUUUUAUUCCUUUCAUCAUAUCAUACAGAACUAUGUAUUAGAUGCCAUUUUUGCAGAAAAUUGGGUACAUUAUGUAUGCUGUUCAGAUUGAAUAAUUACAUUUUUCUCACACAAAUGCAGCUAUUGAAGAAAAGAUGUUGAGUUCUCUUAUAGAUAGGUAUCAUGGCUUUGUCUACAUGAUACCAAAACAUCUGGAGGCAAAAUACAACUUCUCACUCAACAUGGGGAUAUUUUUUCCUACCUGACAAAUUGUCUGACUUUAUAAAGAUACAAACUUUAAUAUUAUGGAAUAAUAUUAUAACUUUCAUUUUACGUAGGAAAAAGAGUUUGGCAUGCUAUAUAAAGUUAUCAUUAUCUGAACUAAGAGUAACUGUUAACAUUUAAGAGCAAAAUUACACAUGGUGCUACAAUUCAACUUUAUCCAUAUAAAGUUUAUUUGUUUAUAAAGCUUUACACACAUUUAUUUCAAAAUGCACAUAAAUUAUAAAAGUGAGGAAUGUACAACUAAGUUUAGGUGUGAGAAUUGAAAGGUAAACAUACUAAACUCUAGAAAUCAUAUGCCUAAUUGUGUGUCUAGAGGAAAAUUCAUUUUAACUUGAUGUUUAAGUAAUUGAAGUAUAGUGGAAUUAAAAUGGAAUAGUGUAUGUAUAAGCUCACAUGUUUGCACAUAUGUGUGUAUAUUUAUGUUUGCCAAAUUUCUGGCAGAAAAAAGCUAUUUAAACUUCAACCUAAGUACAAUUUGUUCAAAGGUUAUACAUCUUCAUUUACAAUAUUUUUCUCUCUCCCUUUAAGCCCUUAUGCCUCACUUCCAAACUAUAAUCACCCUUAUAUCAUCCUAUACAUUACCUUUUAUUUAAUAAAACUCCUGUCAUAUUCACUGCAUUCAGAAUAUGUGCCAUGUGAAUUUUUGCUUUUAUUCAAAUUAUUUUGCUUCAUGCAACUGCAGUACUUGUUUUCAUAAAGUUUCCCUGUUUUCUGAAUGACCAUAUACCCAGUAACAUUAUAUUACACAUUAAAAAGUUAAAUUGCUUUUUCCUGUAUAAGUAGUAUUGCAGAUUCUACUUCUUUUGCAUGAAAAAGGCUAAGAUAAAUUUUCCUUCAGUAAUAGUCAAUCCCUCUUAGUUGGUAUAAGUAAAACAUAUACCAAAAAGUCCAUUAAAAUAAUCUUCCUUAUUUUUGCAUUAAUACAUUACUUAAUUUUAAUACCUAUGAAACCAUAAAAAAGACAAGUAGUUCUCUACACGAUGUCAGAUUUUUAGUUUCAUGUCUUUAAAUUUGUUGGUUUAUGUUUCCAUCAAAAGACUGAGAUAUGGAUUUUCCAUAAACAUAUACAUACCUACCCAUGUAUGUAUAUACACACAUACAUUUUCAUAAACAGCUCAAUGUGAACUACAGAUAGACAUAAAUAACAGAAAUAUUUAUAAGGAUAGGGUCAGUGUUCAGAUUGGGCAAUGUGUACAAUUCAUUAUCAUUUCUGCUUUUGACUGAAGCUAAUAGUUAAGAUUGGCAAUUGAAGAAAACCUGUGUGAUAUUAAAAUUGUCAAUAUUUAAAAUAUGAGAGCAUUCACAACAAUUUUGAAGUUUUAUUUUUGCUUUGCUAUUUGUAGCUGUAGUUAUAAAAAAGAUAAAGUUAUAGUGUGAAUAUAUUGGAAUGAAUAUUACAGAGCAUCUUUUAACUGGAAUAAGUGUAGACAUUAAUACUGGUUGUAUCUGUUGUAAUUUCAGUGCAUAAAGUGUGUGUAAUCUGUAUUAAGUGAAAUACCUAUAAAUAAAGUUGUUUCUG